AUGAGCAACGCACAGGAAAUUUGUCGCCUAUGCUUACGUACUUUUCCCAGAAUUGCCAGAGGAAGAAUCGCAAUCGCGAAUGAAGUGUUUCAACCAAAGCUCAAAGCAGUGUUUCCAUUUGCCAUUUUACCUACCGAAAAUCUUCCAGUUGAUGCCUGCCGUGGCUGUCGUGUGACGGUAGAACAAUUUUUCGAAUACAGUGAAAAGGUUCGCUCGAAUCAGGCAGAUUUAGAUGCGAGACUGUCAAUACAAAGCAAUGGUGAGGAUGGCCCAAUUUCGAUGGUUAAAGCGGAAUUGAGUGAACACUUUCGUUUAGAAUUGAAAAACUCCCUCGAAACGACCGUAAGAAGACUUUCGGUGGACACUGAUUCCGUCGCAUCCAACGAACAUUUCCAUGUUGAACUGUUGAAAGUAGAAACCUUGGUGGAUAGCGCACAACAAACCGGAACACAGGUUGGAGAUCAUUUGAUCAAAACGGAAUCAAACGAAAGCUUAAACGAUGACUUCGACAUUGACCAGGUAGAUACCCUCACAGUAUCUCCGAGUGAACAGGCUUGGGACGAACCGGAUAAGGAUGAACGGAAGGUUCUAGAACCCGUUACCAGAAAAAAGAAACGACCUCGAGUGGAGGAUGAAAAACUGUUGCGUGAACAUUUCCAUCUUGGAUGUGAAAUGUGCUCCUACAUGUCGGAAACGGUUCCAGAUCUAUUUCAACAUUAUCGUCAGGAGCACAGAACGGCUGGCUACGUGCAGUGCUGCAACCGAAAGUUUUUUCGACGGGCGCGUCUGCUUGAACAUCUCGGCGCUCACCUGGGCUCGAUAGUGUGCGAUAUCUGUGGUAAGGUGUUCCGGAAUACCUUCUCUCUCGAUCUGCACAAACUAGAUCACGAAGCGCCGGAUGCGAGACAGUUCAAAUGUGACCAGUGUAGCUUUUCGUUCCACAAACUGUAUCAUCUAAAGCAACACCAGAAGCGUCACGAGCGGGUGCGGUGUACCAUCUGCGAUAAGGUUCUAGCCGGCGAGCUCGGGCUGAAAGGGCACAUGCAAAAAAUGCACGGAAGCGACAACAAACAAAUCUGUCCAACCUGUGGAAAAGAGUUCCGUUGCAGUUUGGCGAUGGAACGUCACAUAAAGGCACACUUGGGACUAUUAAAGAUCGAGCGAGUACAAUGUGACCGAUGCGAAAAGUGGUUCGAUAAUAAGCUGAACCUCCGGAACCACUUCAAGCGCGUGCAUGACGAAGCGGGACCAAUUCAGUGUGACGAGUGCCAGCACGUAAGCCCCAAUCGAAGAGCGCUCAUUUAUCAUAAGGCGCGAGCCCACGGACAGAAACAGUUGUACGAGUGUGAAUACUGUGGAAAAAAGCUCAACACGAAGCUGACGCUAAAGGAACAUUUGUCUAUUCAUACGAAUAUUCCGCUGUACUCGUGCGAGUUCUGCGGGAUCACUUUUAAUUCCAACGCGAACAAGUAUGUGCACCGUAAGAGCAAACACCCACAAGAAUGGGAGGCUCAAAAGCAACAGAAGCUGUUAAAAAGAAUGAGUUCGGCCGUCGUAUCUACUUGAAACUUUCCAUUUGUUGGCAGCAAAAUGCCAUCUCACGUUGAAUGGAAUUUAUGUG